GGCCAAAGCCUUCCAGGUCACCUGUGAGCCUCCGCCCAAUGACCCGAACCGGAGGCGGUGGCGCCCGGGACUAAGCCGGGGAUCUUGGAGGGAGACAGGAUGGCUUCGUGGAGCUCUGACACCCCGUGUUCCUGCGAUUGCUUUGUUUCCGUGCCCCCGGCCUCGGCCAUCCCAGCUGUGAUCUUUGCCAAGAAUUCCGACCGACCGCGGGACGAGGUGCAGGAGGUGGUGUUUGUGCCGGCAGGCACUCAUGCCCCUGGCAGCCGGCUCCAGUGCACCUACAUUGAGGUGGAACAGGUGUCAAGGACUCACGCUGUAAUCCUGAGCCGCCCUUCUUGGCUGUGGGGGGCUGAGAUGGGCGCCAAUGAGCAUGGUGUCUGCAUUGGCAAUGAGGCAGUGUGGACCAAGGAGCCAGUUGGAGAGGGGGAAGCCCUACUAGGCAUGGACCUACUCAGGCUGGCUUUGGAACGGAGCAGCUCUGCCCUGGAGGCCUUGCGUGUGAUCACAGACUUGCUGGCGCGCUACGGGCAAGGGGGCAGCUGCCGGGAGGACCCCACACUGUUCUGCUACCACAACACAUUCCUGCUGGCUGACCGGACUGAGGCGUGGGUGCUAGAGACGGCAGGGAGGCUGUGGGCGGCACAGAGGAUCCAGGAAGGGGCCCGUAACAUCUCCAACCAGUUGAGCGUAGGCACGGACAUCUCGGCCGAGCACGCAGACCUUCGGACCCAUGCCCUGGCCCAGGGCUGGUGGGAUGGGCAGAGCACUUUUGACUUCGCUCAGGUCUUCUCCCUGACCCAGCAGCCUGUGCGCAUGGAGGCUGCCAAAGCCCGCUUCCGGGCCGGGCAACAGCUUCUGCAGCAGCAACAAGGGGGCAUCACGGCAGAGGUGAUGAUGGGCAUCCUCAGGAACAAGGAGAGCGGCAUCUGUAUGGACUCUGGAGGCUUUCGCACCACGGCCAGCAUGGUGUCCAUCCUGCCCCGGGAUCCCACACAGCCCUGCGUCCACUUCCUCACCGCUACUCCAGACCCAUCCAGGUCAGUGUUCAAACCUUUCAUCUUCGGGGCGGGGGCGGCCCAGGCCCCCCAGGUGCUGUCCCCCACUUUUGGAGCACGGGACCCUGUUCGGACUCAGCCCCGAUUCCAGACUCAGGUGGAUCGCCGGCACACCCUCUACCUCCGGCACCAGGUGGCCCUGGGGCUGAUAGAGAGUGAGCAGGAUCGGGGGCAGCAGCUCCGGCAGAAGCAGCGGGAUCUGGAGCAGGAGGGCCUGGAGGCUGCGCGGCGGCUGCUGGCCGGGGAGCAGGUGCCACCCCCACAGGAGCUGGGCAGCCUCUUCCAGGCCUUUGUGGAAAGGGAGAGCCGGGUGUAUGCCUGAGCACCACGGGGCCGGGGUGGGCACAGGACCCCAGUGCAAUCCCUUUGCUCCCCUCAGCCUUGUUUUGGGUGGCCAGCUCGGCCUUUGCCUCAAUAAAGUAUGUUAUUUCCCUGUUCAGUGAA